CCAGAUGAUAAAAGUCCGACAAAGUAUUCGCUCUGAGCGCAUAGCGCUGACGAUUGAACGCGUAUCUGAGCCGCAUCCGAGGGAUUGUUUAUAUGCUGUGUUGCAUAUCAACACAUGAGCUGUUGCCGGCUAAUAGGCGCGUGCGAAGAUUUGAUGGAAACAAAGUCGUUUGCGAAGUGAACAAAUUCAGCGACUUUUUCCAGUGAUCCGUAGUACGGUUUCCCGUUGCACAAAAUAAUGGCAGCGGGUCCAAUUGCUGAACGAAAUCAAGAUGCUACAAUAUAUGUUGGGGGUCUCGAUGAGAAAGUCAGCGAUAACCUCCUCUGGGAGCUGUUUGUGCAAGCUGGACCAAUUGUGUCUGUCCAUAUGCCGAAAGACCGAAUCACCGGGCUACAUCAGGGAUACGGUUUCGUCGAGUUUCUUGGGGAAGAAGACGCAGACUAUGCUAUUAAGGUUAUGAACAUGAUCAAACUGUACGGCAAACCAGUUCGAGUCAACAAAGCUUCUGCGCAUCAGAAGAACUUAGAUGUCGGCGCAAAUAUAUUUAUCGGCAACUUGGAUACAGAAGUUGACGAGAAGCUUCUGUACGAUACAUUUAGCGCCUUUGGAGUUAUUUUGCAGACGCCGAAAAUAAUGCGUGACCCGGAAACGGGCAAUUCGAAGGGAUUCGCCUUUAUCAAUUUCGCUUCAUUCGAGGCGUCCGAUGCCGCCAUUGACGCUAUGAACGGGCAAUAUUUGUGUAAUCGUGCUAUUAGUCUAUCGUACGCGUUCAAGAAGGACACCAAGGGUGAGCGACAUGGAUCAGCUGCCGAACGACUUCUCGCAGCGCAGAAUCCUCUCAGUAUUGGAGAGAGACCCCAUCAGCUAUUCGCAGAUGCUCCUCCAGCCGAAUCCGAGGGUGCCGGGGCUCCGGGUGCUGGGGCUGCUCCUCCUCCGCCGCCACCACCGCCAAUAUCGACGUCGGGAAUGGGCGUUCCUCCGCCGCCGCCACCUGGCGGGUUCAUGCCUCCUGCGAUGCCACCGCCGCCCCCUGGCAUGGUGCCACCUCCAGCGAACUUCCAAGGGAUGGGCGGUCCACCAUUUGGUAUGAUGCCACCGCCACCACCUCCGAUGAUGCGCGGGGGCCUGCCUCCGAUGGGCGGUAUGGGUGGCCCUCCAAUGAACAUGGCGUUGCCUCCUGGCAUGGGGCCGCCUCCAGGCAUUCCUCUUCCACCGAACAUGGGCGCCCCUCCACCGCCAAGCAUGGCUGCCGCUAUGGGUAUGGGCCUGCCACCUGGAGUUGCUCCACCUCCACCACCGUCAAUGCCACAUCAUCCGCCCCCGCCACCGAUGGGAGCGCCCUUCGGCCGAUCACCUUGGGGACCACCCCCUCCACCUCCACCUCCUCCUCCAGGCUCAAGUGCUCCGGGAACCGGGUCUGGUCCUGGUGGCACUGGAACACCUGGCAAUAUCCCGCCUCCAGCACCGCCUCCUCCUCCGCCACCCACUGGGCCCCCUGUGUCGGGUGCAAGCUCCGUUGGAGGACCGGGGGCGAUUCCGCCCCCAGCUCCACCCCCCGCUCCAGCUGCGUUAAGAAUGAUGCAACCUCCGCCACCUCCGCCCCCACAUCCACCACCACCUCCACCACCGGCAACAUAAGGGUCGGAACAACAGAAAUUAAGGGUCGGAACAACAGAAAUUGCUUAUGUAGAAUAUGUGACACAGAUAUCGGGAGAGGCUGGUAGAAAGAGAGAGAUGAGAAAAAAUCUGACGCAUGGGGAAGAAAAACUUUAUACUACAGUAUUCCUGUUUGGGGCUAUGAGUAUUGGCUGUUGUAGCCCGGUUAGAUGCGAUGAACCAACGAUGUAUAUACGAGUCGUCAGGGAAACUAAACCGAUGUAAGGAAUUCAUAAACUUCCUCUUAUUAAAGAACAAUAAAUUUGUGUAUAUUUGUAUCUGCCUCAUAUUUAACGAGUGGUUAUUUGUGUUACAAAUAAAUAAAUAAAAAGUUUUCUAUGUCUAUAUCUAUAUAGCAAAUGUCUAUAUCUAUGAGUUACUGCAGGUUCUGUGGGAUCUUUUGGCAUAGACCUCUUUCAAUGUAUGGAGUUCUCGAAAACUUAACGGUAUCCUAUUUGCUUCUUGUUUCAAAACGAUUUGAAAUUUAGAAUAAAAAUGUUCAUCAUUCAAAACUUGAUACUUGAACAUUUAUCGAAGUUUAUCGAGACAUGAGACACGUAACUUCCCUUACAAAAAAGUUCGCAACAAAAUUACUGAUUCGAAAAGAAAUAGGGCAAUGCGUAUUGAAUGCUUUAAUUCUAUUUCACUUGUACGAGCACAAUUGUCCCCAUGUGGCAACUUAGUAGUUUAUUUCUAGUUUCGAUUAUAAUAAAAUGAUAUGAGUCUGUUUUCAAUUCCCAGUUCAGUUAGCAUCGUUCAUUUUUGAAAAUUUCGCUUUAAUUUAUUAUAAAUUAAGGCAAGAAAGGCCAACCAAAUCUGAAAAAACGGCUUCUAGUUCGAGGAUGUCAGACAUUUUUGCUUCUUCUGAGCUGCUCCUUUAGAUUUUUCAUGGCUAACGUGCUUUUGCUAAAAAAUCUGUUUGAAUUUUGUAUGCACAAAAAACAAAUAAUAAAUACCUUUUUUACGUCCGGUAGUACUUAACUGAGCAUUAUUUCGUAGCAUAUCUGCAAGCUGUGCGAUCCAGUGCAGUCGUUACGCAAAUGACUUACCUACUACAUUAUCUUUGACGUACUAGGUGUACGUUAUGUUUUGACUUUUUUACGGAAAUUGUUGCUAAGCUGCCUCUUAAUCAGUAUCUAUGUGUAUGUUAUACAUUGAGUUUUUUUUCGAUCUAAACGGGUAACAAUUUGAGGUAAACAAACAAACAAACAUGGAAAAGAGUAACUUUAAAAUGAACAAGAGACAUGAUGAAUCAUAUUGCGAUGGCAUUUUCUUCGUGCAUGGCAUUGCUAAACAUUUAAGAUUCAAACCUAAAAUGAAGGUUUCUCGAUAGAAAGGUGCGUCGACUUCCAGUUCUGGCGAACAAAGUUUAAUUGUUCAAGUUUGACGUAGUCGAUCGUAGAAAGGUGCGUUAAAGUGCUACGUAGUCUCCAUAACUACACCUUUGAUUCUGUUCGGGAGGGCAAUUACUGUAAUUAUUAUUAUUAUAUCUAAAAAUCCUUAUCAUAUUUUACGACUCCUAUGAUUAUAUCUAGAAAAUAGGUUAGAUUAUUCAGACAGAAGGUUCUCAGCUCUAAGUGGAGUUUUUACCAAGUAGACUCGAUUCGAUUCGCGCGAUUUUCAGUAUCAGGGCUUUUAAAUAUAUAUGCACAUGUGUUCAACAAAUAACCUGCAAAUUUGCAGGAGGCAACUUCUGAAGACUUGCUGAAGCAGCCUAUACUGAAGCCACGUUUACUUGAUGAUGAUGUUAACUCACGGGGGCUCUUUAUACCGCAUUGGCACACUCCGCUGUUUACAAUAGGCUUUAGCGAAAAUAACAGUAUUAAAUAUAAUCACCAGACCUACCCGAAAUACUAUUCUUCAAUGGCACAUAAAUUCGUAACUGGCCAUGUUGUGCCAAUGAAUAACGUUCUAAACAAAGUUAUCUAAAUUCUUGAGUCAACUGUGGCUUACUAUCGUCAACGCCUCUUUGAUUUUUACUAUCAAACAACCCUUAAACCAACACUUAGCCUUUGGCAUAGGUUGCUCAUGGUAAAGUAAGGAUAAGCACUAUACGUUUACGUUGUCUUACGGCGCUAUUCACAAAUGGGCUUUUAUGUCUUUGUCGUCUUCUCUGGCUAACGUUAAUGCAAGUCGUCAUAGUUCCCGAUGACGUACUGGCUUACAAUUCAAGUAGAACCAUUCCUUUAUUCUUUUUCGUAUUAUUCCAUCGACUCCCAAUACUCCUUGCUCAUACUUCCGAAAUUGAUUCGCCCAUUACACAAUUCUCUUCUGGCCGCCCUUCAUUUUCUGUGGUACGUCAUCGCUCAUGCCUGUCAUCAUAACAAACCAAUACACCCUGAGCAGUAUUUCAUACGAGAAGGCGGCUAGAUUUCGAUUUAGCUAAAGGCGGGUGUGAUCUACGCGCAGAACGCUCCACGACUUUAGCCGCUAGUUAAUGCUUAUGUCUGCAAUAUCGCGCCUUUGCGCGUAGUUACUGCUCGCGUUUCGUCUCGUUCGCCUUUGUCUAUGGACGACUAACCAUCAUACCCUCGGCUUUCUCAGGGCAUAGUAAGCGUUGAACACCUGCCGACACGAUGGGUUGCUGUAGCUCAAAAUACGAUUUUAGCGGAGACAAACCAGCAGCGCCGAAGGAAACGUCUGUCGAAACGCUCGGCAUGUCCUGUAGCCAUGAGGGCCCGUUCAAGCAUCGAGAUGAUAAAUUAAAAGCUAACGAGGAAAAGCCGGAAGUUAUACUUAAGGGUGAACUUCAAGAAUUCCAAACAAUUGACCUGAAUUCCUAGCAACAGAUAAACUCAUUGAGGAGUUGUUACAUGUGUUUAUUUUUCAUCAUUUACGUCCGGUACUUAAACCAUAACGCAUCAGUUCAGCUGGCCGGCUUUCAGCAAGAAACGAAGUGUUUUACGCCCGGAUUCAAAUGCCACCACUGCAUAACCAUAAGUUUAGCAGAUAAACUCUUUACCCAUUGCACAAUCAAGGAAACAUACAGUACCUUUGAAGGUUUCUGGAAAUGACUGAAGAACGGCAGCCCGGUUAUAUGUAUCCUCGUUCCGGCAUGCCAAAAUGUUGUGCGAAUAUAGGCGGCAGUAUCGUUGCUUAACAGUUAGGCAAACUGAAUGAGAUCUGGGUAUGGGCAAAAAAUGUAGAAGUUUAAAUUAUCAGCAUGAAAGUUACCCUAUGUAACAGGCAAUUGAACUACCUAAAUAUGAGUCAUAGCAAAUACCGAGGACUUCGUUGUUCAAUCACCAAAAACAAAUAACCGAUACCGGAAAAAAAAAUAGAAAAAAAAAGUACGCUUUGAAAAUACAUGUUUCAGUAGCGAUGCGCUUCGAAGGUACAUGGUGAUUCAAUAACGAUGACUCACUACCAACGUUCAUGGUAAGAAUAAUGACGGUGACUAAUAUAAAUAUCACUAGAAAAGUCAUUUCGCGCAAUACAGUUUGUAAAUAAUUACAUCAGAUUGAUAUAAGGUUGUUAACGUUAUCAAAGUCAUAGAUCUCAAAUCGUGGAUACUGUCUCUAUUCGAACAGCAAAGGACAAUAAUUUGCAUGGAAGACUCAGCCAAUAUAAAAAUACUAGUAUUUCUUGCAUGAAAGAAUAUUUCUUAACGUUAAGUCGAAAAUUGUAUCUAAACGUAGUGAUUAAGGGGUUAGAGGGGCGACGUCAGAAUAGCGCCAGCCAUCAUCGCGUGGUGAACCCUGGUAUUGGUUCAUGUGUGGACGAACUCGUUCUAUAGAAUGAAACGUCUAUUAUAUGAAAAGUUAUAUAUACGCUAAUAAAUGCAGACGUUUGAGUGCGCA